AUGGCCGAAAAGGACAAACCAGAUCCUACUCAUGCUGAGUAUGCCCGGGGCUACUCGGUUGAUGCGGAUACUCUUCGGGAACACGAGUAUCCGUUGCUGAACAAGACAACCUAUCUUGAUCAUGCAGGAACAACACCAUAUGCAAAGUCUAUGAUCGAAUCCUUCUCGCGUGACCUUAUAGCCAAUCUGUUUGGGAACCCGCAUUCAAUGUCCCUGUCUUCACAGCUGUCCACUCAACGGAUAGAUGACAUUCGACUUCGGGUACUGCGGUUCUUCCAAGCGGACCCGGAUGAGUUCGACGUGGUCUUUGUGGCAAACGCAACUGCAGGCAUCAAGCUGGUCGCCGACCUACUUCGUGACUACGACAAUCGAGGCUUCUGGUAUGGUCACCACAUUGAUGCCCAUACCAGUCUCAUUGGCGUCCGGGAGAUUGCAGACAUGGGCCAUCAAUGCUUCCAGAAGGAUGCCGAUGUCGAGACCUGGAUCUCCGAACUGGCCAACAGUCAAUCAAAGGCACCGAGACUCUUUGCAUUCCCGGGUCAGUCCAACAUGAACGGCCGGCGCCUGCCUGUACGGUGGUGUGAGCAAAUCCGCUCAGCCGCAAAUGAAGGCGGAGGGAAUGUGUUCACUUUACUUGAUGCUGCCUCGCUUGUUUCGACCGCCCCUCUUGACCUGAGUGUAAGCUCAGCCGCGCCCGACUUUACAGUGGUCAGCUUCUACAAGAUCUUUGGGUUUCCUGAUUUGGGUGCUUUGGUUGUUCGCAAAGACACCGGAAGUAUCUUGGAGCGGCGCAGAUUCUUCGGCGGUGGCACUGUCGACAUGGUGCUUGCCACCGGUGCGCAGUGGCACGCGAAGAAAGAAACUUCUAUUCACGAGCGACUUGAAGAUGGGACUCUUCCUUUCCACAACAUCAUCGCAUUGGAUGCUGCCCUAGACACUCAUAAACGCCUUUAUGGUUCCAUGGCAAACAUCUCGGCCCACACCCGAUUUCUUGCCAAGCGGCUCCAUGAUAGGCUUUCCGCGUUAACCCAUUACAAUGACACGAAGGUGUGUCAAAUCUACGAAGCGAACUCGGCUUUCGGUAGUCCCGCUACCCAAGGCCCGAUUGUUGCAUUCAACCUGCGAAAUAGCCGUGGAGACUGGGUCCCCAAGACUGAAUUCGAGAAACUCGCUACUGUGCAAAAUAUCCAGCUGCGUUCCGGAUCCGUUUGUAACCCUGGCGGGACGGCGUCUUCUCUUGGAUGGACGGGUGCUGAGCUACGCCGCCAUUAUUCGACAGGGCUGCGUUGUGGUGAUGACCAUGACGUUUUGGGAGGACGGCCCACAGGAAUUCUGCGUGCCAGCCUGGGUGCAAUGACCAACCUAAGGGAUAUUGACUCGCUGAUUAGCUUCAUCGAAGAGUUUUACGUUGAAAAUAUUCCUCCCAUCGUUUCAGUGGAUCCUCCAAAGGGUGAGGAUGACAUGGUGGCUCGCCAUUUCUACAUUGAAAGCCUGUCGAUUUUCCCAAUCAAAAGCUGCGGUGCCUUCAAAAUCCCCGAGGGCAAGCGCUGGGAGGUCAAAAGAGAAGGGCUAGCUUGGGAUCGAGAAUGGUGUUUGAUUCACCAAGGAACCGGAGCGGCGUUGAAUCAGAAAAGAUACCCUCGGAUGGCUCUCAUUCGGCCGGCAGUUGAUCUCGAUCGCGGGGUUCUUCGCAUCACUUGCGACACCAUCGCUGCAGCUGACCCCGUCAGUCUCGAAAUAUCUCUUGGCUGGGAAGACACGAGCUUUGUGUCCACCUCUUUGUGUCCGGCCUCUACAAAACGGUCGUCUACAGUCUGUGGAGACCAGAUCUCUCUACAUGCCUACGCAUCACCAGUAGUCUCGGCCUUCUUCUCCGACUUCCUCGGAGUGCCUUGUGCGCUCGCCCGUUUCCCUUCACAGACCGCAAACCGGUUCUCGCGACCACCGCGCCUCCCCGGCACAUGGAAGAACCGGUUCCGCAAAUUCAUCAUGCCAGGAUCCUUCCCACCCGACCUCCCACCUCCGCUGCGCGAGAAUGGACAGAAUCCCUUAUUACUAUCGAACGAGAUGCCUAUUUUGAUUGUCUCUCGUUCAUCUGUCAAUCGUCUGAACGAGACCAUCAAAGCCACCACCAAGCGCGGAAGUGGUGUCAGCAAGACCGUUGCGGCAGACGUGUUCCGUGGUAACAUUGUGGUAGCUGAACGACUUGUGCAGCUGGAAGAUGCGGAGCAACCCUACGCUGAGGACGGCUGGUCAUCACUUCGCAUCGGGCCGGAUCAGCUUCGCUUUGAUGUCCUAGAUGCCUGCCAACGGUGUCAGAUGGUUUGCAUUGAUCAGCUCACCGGCGUGCGGCGUGAUGAGCCGUUUUCGACGCUCGCGAAAACGAGGAAUAUUGACGGGAAGGUUUCGUUUGGUAGAUACUCGGCACUCUCUCUACAGGAGAUUGAUGGCCUCGAGUCUGACACACCGGAUUGCAGGACGGUGAUGGUGGGCGAUGUUGUUUCGCCAACAUAUUGGGAGGAGUAA